AAUAUGACCUUCAGGGUAUGCACCGGGUAGUGAGUCGUAAGUUUCUGGAGCUGGAGCCGGCGGUCACCUCAAUAUGGAAAUCUUAAAACUUUCCACCGAAGCCGAUGUCGUUAAGGCCCUUGCAACGAAAAUUCAAGAGUGCGCAAAAAAGGCGAUAGAAGAGAGUGGAGUGUUCCGUGUUGGUGUUUCAGGUGGAUCGUUAGUCAAAUUCUUAGCAACCGGACUACCAAAAAUCUCCACUGACUGGUCCAAAUGGGAAUUAUUCUUCUGUGAUGAGAGAUACGUCCCAACAAAUAAUCCAGACUCAACAUUUGGUGCCUACAAAGAACACCUUGUGCCUAGUGUACCUUUGAAUGAAUCUCAAUUUAUCAGAAUUAAUUCCGAGCUGCCUCUUUCCGAAUGUGCCGCCGACUAUCAAAAUAAAAUUCUACAAAAAUUCAAAUCAGACAUUCCUAGCUUCGAUCUCCUGCUUUUAGGAAUGGGUCCUGACGGGCACACGUGUUCACUGUUUCCUAGUCAUCCACUUCUAGAAGAAUCAAAGCUCCUGAUAGCUCCUAUUUCGGACUCACCGAAGCCACCCCCGGAACGAGUUACUAUGACAUUCCCAUUAGUUAAUAAUUCAAAAUGUUGUAUUUUCGCCAUGACAGGAAGUGGAAAGGCAGAUAUGCUUAAGAGGAUAUUAGUAGAUAGAGAACCAUUGCCAGCGGGAAUGGUUAACCCGAAGAAUGGAAAAUUAUAUUGGAUAGUAGAUGAGGCUGCUGGUCACCACUUACCAUGAACAUAUAAAAUAUGACAAAAAGAAAUUAUAUUUAAAUUUUAUAUAUUUAAAUUGUUUAUAGCAAUAAAUUUUUUACGUGGAUAUAGAGGGAA